AGUAACUGUUUAGGUGGACCAGGACGACUCGCUAGAAGAACCAUCAUGGCACUCCAAUGGGUGAAGCCGUGGAUCGCUCUGGUCUUCGGACUAUCUGCUGCACAUUCUGAGACUGUUAUGAUUCCAGACAUGACUUCCAUUGGGAGUCUAUAUGAUUCCAAACUGCAAAUCGUAUCAGCAGGAGUGAGUCCCACUCAUAACGGACAGGUCUGCAGCACAUGGGGUAACUACCACUACAAAACCUACGAUGGAGACCUCUUCCAGCUGCCCUACACCUGUAACUACGUGCUGUCGUCGUUGUGUAAGAGCAGCAGCGGCUACGAGGCCUUUAACAUUCAGCUGCAGCGCGGGGAGGUAGAUGGGCUGCCCACCAUCACCAAGGUUUCUUUGAAGCUGGAUGGAACCUUCGUGGAGCUGGCCAACGGUAACGUCAGCGUCAACGGAUUACAGGUCACCAUACCGUUUGGUCAGUUUAACGUCUUCAUUGAGAGGACCGUUUCCUAUGUGAAGAUCACAGCCAAGCUGGGGUUAGUCAUCAUGUGGAAUGAAGAUGAUUCCCUCUGGGUGGAGCUGGACUCAAAGUUCCAGAAUCAUACAUGUGGGCUGUGUGGAGACUUCAACGGAGUCCAGAACGAGUUCAAUAGGAAUGAUGAUUAUCUGAAGACAAUCGACUAUGCUGAUAUUUGGAAGAUGAAUGGCCCAACAGAAACCUGUACAGAAAUCCCUGUUCACACUGAGCAGUGUGAAGACCAGACCAAACUUUGUGAGCAGCUUCUCACCAGUCUUGCCUUCAGUAGCUGUAAGGACCUGAUUGCCACAGACUCCUUCAUCAAGGCCUGUGCAGAAGACAUGUGUCACUGUGGCAACAGCAGCAGCAGUGUCACCUGCGCCUGUCCCACCAUGUCAGAGUACUCCCGCCAGUGUGCUCACGCAGGGGGGAAACCCCAGGAGUGGAAGACCGACCAGUUCUGCUUGGAGACGUGUCCUUUAAGCAUGCAGUACCAGGAGUGUGGUAGUCCCUGCACUGAUACCUGCUCCAACCCAAAGAGGAACCAGCAUUGUGAGGAACACUGCACCGACGGAUGCUUCUGCCCUGCUGGAACCGUGUUUGAUGACAUCACUCAGACUGGCUGUGUAGCUGUGAACCAGUGCUCUUGUCUCCACAACGGACAAUCUUACCAGCCUGGACAAUCAUUCUCAAGAACAUGCCACAAAUGUACCUGUAUACAAGGCCAGUGGAGUUUGGGAGGUUCCCACAUCACCACCUACGAUGGGAAAGCCUACACCUUCCAUGGAGACUGCUCAUAUGUCCUGUCCAAGCAAACAAACAAGACUGCUUUCACAGUCCUGGGUGACAUAGUGAAAUGUGGGAAGACGGACAUUGAGACCUGCCUAAGAUCUGUAACCCUGGUGACUCCAGAGUCCACGGUAAGUUAG